AUGCUCAGUAAUAAUUGGCCAUCACUUAGGAAACUGGGUAUUGGUUAUUUUCUUGAUUCUGUUGAAAUUUGGGUCACUCCAAUUCCAAAGGAUUCUAUUUCUGAUGAAGAAAUUUUAUACAAAUUGAAAGAUUCAUGGCCACAACGGUCCAAUAAAGAUAUUGAUAUUUCUGAAGCUCAUGAUGUGAUUAUAAAUCUUGGAGGGCAAAUUAAUGGAGAAAUUAAUAAAAUUGAGGUCUCAAUGGAAAUUAUUACUAAUAGCUGGCGUAACCGCAUAUCAAAUGCAGAGUUAAUACAAUUAUGUUCUAAGAUGGUUCAUACCCUUGAAAUAACUUUUAACAGUCUUUUAAAUUUAGAUCGUUUGAAAUCGGCUGAAGGGGGAAAUAGUUAUGGGCGGCUUAACAAACUUGAAGAUGGAAAUAGUAAUGAACAGAAUAUAACUGCAAAAGCUGCUGACAGGAAUUGUCCGGAAAUUUUUCAAAGUUUCAGUGUUUAUGCUUAUUUACAAACGAAUGUAGAUCGAAAACCAAAUGAUACAAAUGGUAACUUAAAAUUAAAUAUCGAUUUAAGUGAAUGCAGAAUGGGACAAAUGCUCAGUGAUAAUUGGCCAUCACUUAGGAAACUGGGUAUUGGUUAUUUCCUUGAUUCCGUUGAAAUUUGGGUCACUCCAAUUCCAAAGGAAUCUAUUUCUGAUGAAGAAACUUUAUACCAAUUGAAAGAUUCAUGGCCAAAACGGUCCAAUAAAGAUAUUGAUAUUCCUGAAGCUCAUGAAGUGAUUGUAAAUCUUGGAGGGCAAAUCAAUGGAGAAAUUUGGAAAAUUGGAGGUCAACUCAAUGGAAAUUAUGAACAUUCUUGUCAUUGGGAUAUCUAUGAAGAAAUGUAUGGAUUUCGUAUUAGUAUUGAACAAAUAUUAAGUUGUAAGAUUAAUGGGCGUAGGUUUAUAUCAAAUAAAGAAUCAAAGUUAAUAAAAUUAUGUCCUAAGAUGGUUCAUACACUUGAAAUAACUUUUGACAGUCUUGUAGAUUUUAAUAAAAAUUUCGAAAAUUUUGAGAUGCCAAAAGGAUCUCGUCCUAAUGUUAUUUUUGGUGAAAAUGUCACACCUAAAAAAGAAAUUAUUCAGCGAGAUUUAAAUUCAAAUAUUGAAAUUAAGAAAGAAGACCAAUAA